AUGUGGAUCUUUGUAACAGUGUCAGUGGUUUUGUGCACAAAGGUAUUGUUACUUGAUGAACAUUUUGUAGAUUCUAGCGCAGUUAAUAAUUUUGAUGUGGGAGAGCCUUUAAUAUUGACCCCACUGAUACGAGCAGGAAAUGUGUCAGAGGCCCGGAGAAGAGCUAGGGUGAGACCUGACAUCGGAAACACCACGAGUUUCUCCGGAUACUUCACUGUCAACAAGGGUUGUGGGUCGAAUAUUUUCUUCUGGUUCUUCCCAGCCCAACAAAGGAAAAAGGAUGCUCCUGUUGUACUUUUCCUCCAAGGAGGCCCAGGAGUUUCUUCAAUCUACAGCUUGUUCGAGGAAAAUGGGCCCUUGACCUAUAAAGAGAAGUUGGGACGAAGACGGUUUUCCUGGAAUGUCAAGAACAACCUUCUCUUCAUCGAUCAACCGGUUGGUACAGGUUAUAGCUUCACCAGGAGAGGAUGUUACGCUGAAAACGAAAAAGAAAUUGGUAAGGAACUGUACUAUGCGAUCGUCCAAUUCUUUCAGUUGUUUCCUUACUUCAGAAGAAAUAAGUUCUUCAUCACCGGUUAUUCCUAUGCAGGUCACUUUAUCCCGGCUUUGGGUUACACGAUUCACAAAAACAACCCUGAUGCUGAGGUGAAGAUCAAUCUGAGAGGAAUGAUGAUCGGGAAUGGUUGGAUGGAUGCUCUCUACCAAAAUGAUUUAGGUAGUUCACUUUAUCAGCUGGGACUGGUUGAUACAAACGGACGAGACGUUUAUUAUGACUAUCAGGAUAGGUUUUCUGAAUACUUAAAGAACAGAGAGUAUAAACAAGCAAUUCAAGUUCGAAUUGCCGAACUCACUGAUCUGUACACCACUUACGUGGGAAAUGUCAGUAUAACUAACUUUCUCGAGGAUGAUGUUACACUACCAACGCCUUACGAGGAAUUCAUACAAAGACCGGAAAUUCGUAGAUCACUUCAUGUUGGAAACACAAAUUUUUCGUUUUACAACAGCGUGGUGGAGGAAAGAUUGGGAGUCGAUCCUGUUCUAUCAGUGAAACCGUGGGUUGAGGUGCUUCUAGAGGAUUAUUUUAUAGUGUUCUACACGGGCCAACUAGACCUCCUUACGGCUUAUCCGACCGUUGAGAACUUCGAGAACAAUCUGAACUGGAGUGGAGAAGAAUGCUUCAAAAACGCAACCAGGCAGAAGUGGUGUGUUAAUGGAAGACAGGUUGGGUACCUGAAGGGUAAUUGCAAUUUGUAUGAUGUGAUGGUACGCAAUGCCGGCCACUCAGUAUCCUUUGACCAACCUGAAUGGGCUUUUAUCCUUGUCAACUCUGUCACUUCUGGUCCUAAAAAUGACCCCUUUCAUGCCUUGGAUAAGUGUUAA